CUAGAGGAUCCAUAAAAAAUCUGAGAGCUGUUAGGUAUGUUCACUCAGACCAUCCUCUGGCAACUUGAUGAGAUCAGGAGCAUUCAUCACACAACAGAGAAAACAGAAGAAUAUGUUGCUACUGAAUAAGAUUUCUGCAUGGAUUUCUGCUUCCACACUGCUUUUGCUGACUCAACACCCUGUCUGCACAUCUGCAGUCACGGCCUGUGGAGUGUUCGUGGAUCCACCUGCCAAUAUUGAGAUAAAAGAUCCUGGCCUCCUAGGUCAACUUAGUAUCCACUGGACUCGACCAGACAGCAUUCAGAACCUUAAAGACUGCACAGUACGAUACCAGCUUCGAUACUAUGACACCUAUGAGGAACGGUGGCGAAGCAUCCGAACUCUCAAGCUGAACUUUGCUGCCCAGUUUGACCUUGAGAAGCCAGUCAAGGUGAGGAUGUUCACUUUGUUGAAGUGCCCCUGCACCAAUGGGACAGAGGUCCAAGGGGAGGAGACAGAGAGUGUUUACACACCUGAACUUACAGGUGUGGAAGGAUCAAGAAUAAGAGAAUUUCACUGUGUUUUCUAUGGGAAUGAGUACAUGGACUGCACCUGGGAGUCAGGACCUGCCCAGCCUCUAAAUUCACAGCACCACCUCUAUUACUGGCACAGUGAAAUGGAUGAAACAAAGGAAUGUCCAGAAUACAUUGUGAUAUCUGGAGUUCGGAGAGGAUGCAGGUUUCCUCGAAAAUCUCUCAAAGAGUUCUCAACAUUUAAUGUGUGUGUAAAUGGAUCGUCUCCAGCAGGAAAUUUGAGAACUGCCUUUUUCUCUUUGGAGGUCCAAAACCAUGUAAAACCAGCAGCUGUCUCCUAUCUCCGACUCAGAGUCUCAGAAAUGGAAAGGCUGGUGAAGUUAGAUUGGGCGCCACCCAAUGGUAUGGUGCCAGAACACUGUUUGGAAUAUGAGGUGGAAAGUAACACUACGAUGGCAGAUGGCACUGAUCACCAGCAGAGGAAAGGUCUUGAGAAUACAUCCAUUGACUUCCUGAAGGAGGGAGAAAGUAAGAAAAGCUGCUUUCGGGUCAGGUCAAAGGUGAACAUGUACUGUGCUGAUGCAGGAUUCUGGAGCGACUGGAGCCAUAUAAAGUGUAUAGCUUCACAAGAGACAUACGUACCUGCAUGGGAUCAUCUCAUUCUGGUGGGCCUCCUGGUUAUCGCCAUUGUUUUCAUCCUUAUCAUCUGUCUUUCAUUAUGGAUAUUAAGGAAGAUCUGUAUGAAAAAGACCAGCAAGAAAGGUGUUCUCUACACGUUAUACAAGCAAAAACUCCAUGAGAACAUGCCCACAAUCCUGAGUCCUAUUUUCCAGUGAUCCUCACUGUAACCAUCUACACAGUAUUACCAUUUAGCUGUUCUAGACUGCAAUGAAAGCCCAAAUAAGCACAGGGGAGUGAGAUUUUAAAUAAGUUGCAGAGUUUAUAUUUUAGUGCAUAUGCAGUGAGGGCUGAUAGGACCAAUAGUGUUGUGGAUAAACAAUGGUGGGCACUUAAAAGCACCACAGAAUUUAACUGAAUGUAUUAAUCACUGUUUUACUGAACCACAAUACUACUACCUGUUAUUUUAACACACACACACACACACACACACACACACACACACACACACACACACACACACACACACACACACACACACACA